AUGGUUUCUACUAGUUUUAUAUGUCCAGAUUUUGUCUACUGGUUGUCCAUAGUUUCUUUAAGCAUAAAGGUGUCCAUGCCAGGAAAAAUUCAGCUAUUAUUGAGCUUAUAUGUACCCCUCAAAUCAUUGAGCAUUGAAAAAAAAAAAACCGUCCUAAACUUAUUACCGGAACCUUGGCCCUUUUCAUCUUGUCCUAGCAAGCAUGAUCCGCUGGAAGCGCUUCCCUGGGCUAGGGCCCUGUCCUGCCCCGGGCUGGAGGCAACGGAUGGAAGGGCUCUAAGGCCUAUCAAAUUCUUAAGGGUGGUGGAGACAGAAAGUGAAAAGACAAGCAAAACCUUGGAGAAGCAGAUGGGAAGAAUUAAUGAGAGCGUGAAGAAGGAGGCAAAAGUCAAGAAUGAUUUUAAUGAAAUGCCUAUUUACCAACACCAAAGACGGCUAGGGAUGGCAAUGGGUCAAAUCCGGGGUGGAAAGAUGGGUUGGUUGUCAUGGUUGUGCCUCCUCUUCCUGCUCUCUACUACUUGUCAAUUGAGCUGUACUUGUUCAUCAUCUAACUCUUCCUCUUCUCUUUCUUCAGGGCAUUUAUGCCAUCCCGAUGACAACUCUGCUUUGCUUCAAUUCAAGAAAUCCUUUUCUAUUGAUACCUCUCGUGAACGUGAAUUACUUAAUGGAACAACUUUUUAUUUUAACAGUAAAAUUUCUUGGCAGAAAGGCAAGGAUUGUUGCACAUGGAGUGGAGUUACUUGUGAAAAGAUAACUGGUCAUGUGAUCGGUCUCAACCUUGGUUUUGGUGGGCUUCAAGGCAAUAUCCAUUCCAAUAGCAGCUUAUUCUCUCUUGGCCAUCUCAAGAGGCUAGACCUCUCUUAUAAUGAUUUCAGAGGUUCCCCAAUUUCGUCCAAAUUUGGUGGCUUUGUAAGUAUGACUCACCUUGACCUCUCUUACUCCAAUUUCAGUGGCCCAAUCCCUUCCGAAAUUUCCCACCUUUCCAACUUGGUUUCGCUCAAUCUCUCGCAUGCUGAUGUGACACUAGAUACUCUUAGCUUGAACAGAAUUGUUCAAAACCUAACCAAUCUUAGGGAGCUUGAUCUGGCCCUUGUUGAUAUGUCAUCAGUUCUACUUGAUUCCUUCAAGAAUCUCUCUUCUUCUCUGACAACUCUUAGACUCAAUUAUUGCCACUUGCAAGGAAACUUCCCAGAAAGCAUUUUCCAUCGACCAAACCUUCGAGUACUAAACUUAGGCUUCAACAAAAACCUCACAGGUUAUUUCCCCAAGUCUAACUGGAAUAGUGCCCUCGAGGUGCUGCAUCUCUCUAAUACUAGUAUUUCAGUAGAUUGGCAUCAUCUGACAAGAAAUUUCAACUCUUUGAGAGGUUUGUAUCUCAGGAAUUGCAGUUUUGUAGGAUCAUAUCUUGCAUUUCUUGGUAACCUCACACAAAUCAUGCAGUUGGACCUCUCGUCUAACAGUUUCGGUGGCCAAAUCCCAUGGUCAUCCUUUUUAAACCUUGAGAGCCUUGUUUACUUGGAUCUUAGUAACAACAAUUAUGUCGGUUACUUUCCAGAAGUUGAUAGCAACUCAACAUCGAUCUCUUCUUUAUACGAUUUUUCAAAACAACAACUGGUGGGUCCUAUUCCUCGACACUUAACCGAGCUUUGUUUAUAUGGGAACCAACUCAACGGAACAAUACCAUCUUGGUUAGGUAGUUUGCCAUCAUUGGAGUGGUUAGACCUCGGAAGUAACCAACUCAGUGGUAAUAUCAUUGAGUUCCAAUCUCGUUCUUUAAUAGGCGUUUUAUUAAAUGAUAACAAGCUGCAUGGCCCGAUUCCAAGAUCAAUCUAUGAACUCGUGAACCUUAGAUGGCUUUUUCUGUCAUCCAAUAACUUGGGUGGAGAUUUGGAGUUUGAAAAGUUUUCCAAACUCAAAAGUCUCAUGGGGCUUAAUCUUUCCUUUAAUCAUCUAUCCUUGAGCUUCAACCAUUUGAAUAACAACACCUGGCCUCAACUUUGGUUACUAGAUUUGUCGUCUUGUAACAUGAGAGAGUUCCCAUACUUUCUAAGAACCUCACAAAAUUUGAACAGAUUAUACCUUUCCCACAACCGAAUCCAAGCCGACAUUCCCAAAUGGUUGUUGGAUUUGGGGAAAGAUUCAUUGAUGUAUUUGGAUCUUUCCCACAACUUUUUGACUGGCACUGUAAGACAACUUCAGUGGAAAAAACUACAGUAUCUUGACCUUCACAACAAUUCGCUCCAAGGAGAGCUUCCAAUUCCACCACCUUCCACAUAUUACUUUUUCAUAUCAGACAAUCAAUUCACUGGAGAGAUGCCUCCGACUAUCUGCAGCCUGAGUAUGCUUCGAAUCCUUGAUUUGUCUAAUAAUAGAUUGAGUGGUAAAAUUCAUCAGUGCAUAGGGAACUUCAGUCAGAGUCUCUCUGUUUUGGAUCUACGGAAUAAUAAAUUUCAUGGUGUGAUUCCUGGAACAUUUUCUAAGGGAAACGUUUUGAGAAAUCUUAAUCUUAAUGGAAAUCAGUUGGAAGGGUCAUUGCCGCCAUCUUUGCUCACAUGUACAGAGUUGGAAGUUCUAGACCUUGGAAACAACAAAAUUCAAGAUACAUUCCCAAAUUGGUUGGAAUCUCUUCCGAAGUUGCAAGUUCUCAUCUUGAGGUCUAACAAAUUCCACGGUGACAUAGGCAAUCCGAAUACUAAGUUUCCAUUCCAAAGAUUGCAUAUCAUGGACCUCUCUUACAAUCAGUUUAGCGGUCUAUUGCCAACAAAAUAUUUUGAACAUUUGACGGCCAUGAUAAACUCGCAAGAACAUGGACUGAAAUAUAUGGGAGAGGGCUACUAUCAGGAUACAGUGGUAGUGACAAUUAAAGGCAUCAAAUUUGAAAUGGAAAAGAUCCUGACAUUCUUCACAACUAUUGAUUUCUCAAACAACACUUUCAGAGGAGAUAUUUCAAGUGUAAUUAGUAAGCUUAAAUCAUUGAAUGGGCUUAACUUUUCUCAUAAUGAGCUUACAGGUACAAUUCCACCAUCAUUUGGCAAAAUGAGCAAUCUUGAAUGGUUAGAUCUGUCUUCAAACAAACUUGUUGGUGAUAUUCCGGAGCAAUUGGCAAAUUUGACGUCACUAUCAAAGUUCAAUGUUUCAAAAAAUCAACUUGCGGGGCCCAUACCUCAUGGCAAGCAAUUUGAUACAUUUGAAAAUGAUUCAUAUAGUGGAAAUACAGGAUUGUGUGGAUUGCCACUUUCUAAAACAUGCAGUGCACAUCAAUCACCGCCACCGUCAUUCCAACAAGAGGAUGAUUUGGAGCAUGGGAAUGGUUUUGAUUGGAAGGUAGUGUUGAUGGGGUAUGCAUCUGGUGUGGUAAUUGGAAUAUCCGUGGGAUAUCUUGUACUCUCUAAUGGAAAACCAAAUUGGCUUGUGGAAGUGGUAUGAA